AUGACAAUCCCAAUUCAAAGUCAACGAAACACAAUCCAAUAUCGAUUCAAAAAUGUGAAAGACUGGGAUGGAGAAAUGAAAUAUAGCGAUGAUUUCGAAAUAAACAAUGUCAAAUGGAAAAUUGGAUUACAAUUGAAAGAGCGAAAUCAUCCAUAUAUUUAUCUCAAUUGCACUUCGAUGGAAAACGAAAAAACUGCGAAAAUUUGUGCAGCCAAUAUUGAAUUUGCAAUCUUGAAACAAUCUGGAAAUAAUGAUCAUUUGAGAAAAAUGUUGGGCGAAACUCAAUAUUUUGUUGAUGGAGAUUGUGAAAAAGGAACUUAUUUGGAUAAUUCGAGUUGGAUGAACAUUCAAAAUGAGUGCUAUCGAAUUGUUGAAAAUGACUCGAUUGUAAUCGAGAUAAACUUCGAUUUUACAUUUUGCGACUUUUCCAAAAAUAUUCCGAAUUACACGGAUUUCAUUCUUGAAAUCGAAGAUGUGGAUUUGCAUAUUAAUAAAGGAGUAAGUUUAUUUGUAAACACCGUGACGCCAAAAUGCACACAAAAACCUUGUUUUUUCCAGUUAUUAUGCUCAUGCUCCGAUUAUUUCUACAAUCUUCUCAUCGACGAUAAUUGCACAGAAGAAAUCAACAAAAUGCAAAUCAAUGAUGUGAAAUUGAUUGAUUUCAUGAAACUUUUGAUGUUUAUGCAUCCAAAUUAUCAAAUUAUGACGAACAAAAUCGAAAAUGCUCAACUCAAAUUUCGCGAAUUCGAGAAAUAUCUCAAUUUGGCUGAUCAAUUCAAAAUGCGCUCGAUUUUUCUGAAAAGUGCAUUGGAACUUCAAGCGAUGUGCAACAACAAGAAAAACGAGAAUAAUUUCGCAAAUUCUUAUGGUAAUAUUGGUGUGAUUAUGAAAUGCAUCAAAUUUGCCGACAAAUAUAAUUAUCCCAACAUUUUGGUGAGUUUUUAUCAUUUUUUUCUGUAUUUUAUAAGUUAAAAUGUUUAUUUUUUUGCAGGAGCCAUGUUUCGAUCUUUUCAAGACUUCGAGAGAAAUCAAAAGAGCGACAGAAACUGUCGAAUUUCACAGCAAAUUUUUCACUACGCAUUUUCUCAUUGCACAAUUUCACGUGUCGCUACAGUAUUUUCGCAAAAAAAUGUCUUUUUUUGUGUUUUUUUUCACAAAAAAUGUGUUUUUGAAGCCGAAACCGAAGGAAACAUGCUCAAACUACAUUUUUAGAAGUAGUUGAUAAUUUUUCAAGUAGUAAUAGUUUUUUGAAUCAAAAGUUUAUUGUCUUUCCUGGGAAAAUCGAGAAAAAUAUGGAGAAACGUCAUUUUGAGCGGAAUUAGAAGAUUAAUAAGCAAUUAUCUGUCUUCCGGACCUCCCUCAACCCUUCUUUGCUCAAUUCUGAUAGUGAAAAAUCAACUUUUCCCUGAAAUUCGGGUUCAAAUCCUCAAAAAACGAGUAAAAACAGGAUUUUAUUAGGCUCCGCCCAGAUGUGUGUGCCGCGUGAAAAACACAUUCUGCAAUGAUUUUUUUAUUUGAGGUCACGUAGAAAAAAAUUUGCUGUGAAUUUGAUGGACUUUGCCAAACUUCGAAGGUUCAACUUUUACGUCGUCUUUUGAAUUUUGUUUCAUGAGGAAUAUAAAUAGAAAUAGUUUUAUAUAUGAUUCUUGUGAAUGAUUUUUGCCCUCAACUAAUUACUUACUUAUGAUAUAUUAUGUUCAAAAUGUUUAUUGCCACGUCAUAAAUAAUUUUUCUACUGCUUUAAAUUUCUGAAUUAACAAUUUCCAAAUUGCCACGUCAUAGUUCACUUUCAAUUUUACUUGAAAACUUUCAUGAAAUGCAUUUUGCGACAAAACUUGAAAAAGUUCAAACCUCCAAAUUUUUUUCCAUUUCUAGGUACUGUGGGAUGAAAUGUGUGCAAACACCGCGCGCGCGGAAUUUUGAAUUUUGUUUUAAAAAAAAUUUUUGUUUUUCAGUUUUUUUUCUCCAGUUUUUCACUUCACUUCGCUUUUUCGCUUGUUGCCAGCCUCCAAAUUCAAAAUCAAUUUUCAGAUGAGUUCCCCGGUCGAAAGUCAAAAGCACACAAUCAAAUAUCAAUUCGAAAAUGCGCCGAAUCUCAACGAAAUCAUGAAAUACAGCGAGAUUUUCGAAUUAAACGAUACCAAAUGGAAAUUUGGGAUAAAAGUGACACAAAACAAAAUGAACGUAUUCCUCAAUUGUUUGUCAUUGGAAAAUGAAAAAGGAAAGAUUUUGGCGGUCGACGCGGAAUUCGUUUGGAUGCGGCAAAUUGGAGAAAAUGAUCAUUUCAGAAAGAAUUUGACGAAAACUGAAUAUUAUGUUGAUGGAGAUUCGGAGAAGGGAAUUGUUUUUGAUUCAUUUUAUUGGUCAGUUAUGGAAAAUUGAUUGUUGUAUUGAAACACGACCGCAACGCACACGCGUCGCGAGACAAUGUUGUCUGGUAGAUUUUGACCCGCUGAUCUAUUAGAGAACAUUGUCUCGCGACGCGUGUGCGUUGCGGUCCUGCUGAAAACUAUGAAAAUUGAAAUUUUCAACUUUGCCACGCCAUAACUCAUCACAUUUUUGCAGGCCCCAUAUCAACGAGCCAAAUUGCCGUUUUCUCAAAAACAAUUCGAUCAAACUCGAAGUGAAUUUCGAAUUUUUCGUGCACGAUUUUUCGAAAAAAAUCGAUAAUUACACGGAUAUUAUUCUCAAAGUCGAAAAUGUUGAUUUGCAUAUCAACAAAGGGGUUAGUUUGAAUCUUUCUCUUUGAAAAUUCAAUUUCAGGUUGAAAAAUUGAUUUAAUUUCAGGUCUUAUGCUUCUCCUCCGAAUACUUCUACAAUCGUUUGAUCAAUUCGCCAAAAAACGAGGAAAAUACUGAAAUUGUUGCGAUUGAUGAUGUGAAAGUUGUGGAUUUUAUGAAACUUUUGCUGUUUUUGAAUCCGAAUACUGCAUUUUUGCCAUCGAAACUUGUCACUUUUUUGAACUGUGAGUUUUUUGAGGGAAAAGGAAGGAAAAUUCAAAUUUCUAGAUCAGAUUUUUGUGCUUAAAAUGGAGAAAAUCAUGAUUUCCAGCAUUUUCAGCACAAAAUUUUGAUCUAGUAAUUUUUCUCAAGUAAAAUAUACUAGUUCUAAUGAGGAUUCGAUCCCCUGACCUCUCACCUCAAAAAUCCUCAUUUCUAUAUCAAAAUAUCGUGCUAAAAAUGAUGAAAUAGCUGAAAAUAAUCGAAAAUCACUAUUUCCAGCAUUUUCAGCUCUAAAUCCCUCAUUUUUUUUGCAGCCGAAGACCUCGAAACCUAUUUCCUUCUGGCCGAUCGUUUCAAAAUCAAAGCAGUUCACUCAAAAAUCGCGUUGGCUCUCAAAUCGAUUUUCGAAAAUAGUCAAUAUUUUGUGGCGUCGCCAGUUUUGCUCGAUUUCACAAUUAAAUGCAUCGAAUUUGCCGAUCAAUACGAUUAUCCAAUUUUAUUUGUGAGUUAAUUAAUUAAUUAAUUAAAAUUUAAAGGAACAUAGCUUUAUUUAUACUCAAAAAAUGCGAAAUUUCACCUAAAAUUCAAAAAUUAAUAAACAUUUACCUACUAAUUACCCUAAUUAAUUAAAAUUUACAGGAAACCUGUUUGGACUACUUCAAAUCAGCUCACGACAUCAAAUUCGCCGCAAAAACUCCGGAAUUCGACGGACUUAGCCAAUAUUCCAAAGUUCAGCUUUUGCGCAGACUUUUGAAAUUCUAA